AUGGCCGACAUCCAGGUCGAGGACGAUCGGUCUAUCGAACUGUCCUCCAUCGCCGCCAUCUAUCCAGAGAUCAAAAUCGACCCGGACAACCCCUUCAAGGCGACUCUUGAGCUCCCUGUCACCCUCCCGUCGCCUACACGAGUCUGCUUCCAACAGCCGGUCGAUAUCGGACCCCCGCCAGCGCUAACACCGCCAACCUCCGUCGAUGGCUUCAAAGCCGAUCUGGGCCAAAACGUCGCCCGUGACGUUCAUUUUCUCUCGCACCUUCCCCCGCUGAACCUGAGCAUCGAGCUGCCCGAUGGCUAUCCCAACGAGAAACCUCCAAUCGUUCGGCUUACAACACAUCCGUUAUGGCUCCCGCCAACAGUCCUCGCGAGACUGACCGAUGAUUGCACUCGAUUGUGGGAAGAAUGUGGGCGGGACAUGGUGGUCUACACCUACAUUGACCACCUUCAACAAUCGGCUGAGCUGGCCUUUGGCAUUCAAGAUACCACGGACGGUGAAUUGUGUCUAUCACGGGACCUAAAGAUCGCUUUAUUGGAUUUUAACAGCAAGGCCGAGCGCGAGAAAUUUGAGCAAGGAACGUUCGAAUGCGGGGUAUGUCUGGAACCGAAGAAAGGCGCCAUUUGCCACCGGCUACUACGCUGCUCCCACGUGUUUUGCGUCCCUUGCCUGCAAGAUUUCUACAAUACCUGCAUUGCGGAGGGUGACGUGGAUAGUGUGAGAUGCUUGGCCCCGGACUGUGAAAAGAGCCUGAGCCCGACAAUUGCGCCAGGUGACGGUCAGACUCCUCGUCGCAAGAAGCGUGAUCGGACUCUCGGUCCUAGCGAGCUUUUGGAAAUUCCCUUAUCCACAGAGACAGUACAACGAUACGUCUUUCUCAAGCGCAAGAAGAAGAUCGAAUCCGACAAGACCACGGUAUACUGCCCACGUCAAUGGUGCCAGGGAGCUGCCCGAUCAAAACGGUACCCCAAGCCUACCGAUCCCAUGGCUGACGCCGACGACGCCGAAGCCUCGGACGACGAGGAAGAGGUCGCUUUCGACCCAUUAGGAGAAAGAGGGGACCUUCCUCCCGUUGCUGAACGAGUUGCUAUCUGCGAAGAGUGCAACUAUGCCUUCUGCAGCGUCUGCCGGAAAGGCUGGCAUGGUGAACUUGUCAUGUGCUUGCCCCAGCGCAAGGUCGACGAGUUGUCGGCCGAAGAAAAAGCAACUCAAGAGUACAUGCGCUUGUACACCUCCCAAUGCCCGACAUGCACCGUCCCCUGCCAAAAACGCAUGGGCUGCAACCACAUGCGCUGCUUCCAGUGCGAUACGCACUUCUGCUAUCUUUGCUCCGCCUGGUUGUCUCCCGAUAACCCGUACAGCCACUUCAAUCAAACCAGCAGCACGUGCUACAACCGUCUGUGGGACUUGGAGGGUGGCGACGGACUGGAUCCAGAAGGCGCCGAAGCUCUGCACCAAAUCCCCGAAGCUCUACUCGUCUUUGACGACGAGGAUCACGACAGAGCUCCGCAAGACGUCGGCCUUGGCGUCGACACCGAGACGGAAUGGAGCUCUUCGGACGAAGACGAUGAUCGACCGGAAUGGGACUUUGGUUUCAGCGACGACGACCAAGAUCGUCACCUUCGUCCACCUCCGCCAGCACCCGUGCCCCCUCGCGCAGCCCGAGGCCCCGGCGUGAACCAUCCCGGUCCAGACGCCGCAGCACGCGCAGCCAUGGAGCGCGAGGAACAAGCCCGCGCAAUGGCCGAAAUCCGGAAUCGCAACCGCAACCGACCUGCACGGCGGGCGGAGCAGGCACUCAAUGGUCCACCUCAGGAGCCACGGGGUAUGAUCGGGCUCCAGCGGUUCUUGGAGCUUGUGCAGAAUGAUCGGGAAGAUGAAUGGGAUAGUGAUGAGCUGGAGGAUUUUUAA